AGUGAAUUGACUUUUUUUUUUUUGUCCAAUAGAAUUUACAAGCUUGUUUACUUUUUUAUAAUCUUUUUUUUUUCUAUAUUUAUCAUAUAUACCAUGCCUACUACUGCAAAAGACCAGGAAGAGAAUAAAGUUCUCAUUAAAAAGUAUCAUCGUGAUCGUCAUUCAAAUCAUAAUUAUGAUGCAUGUUCUAUUUGCUAUACUCGGCCUGGAAUGCCUUUAGUGCCGCCUCUUAAUUUCGCCAUGAUCGCAUCAGGCGUUUAUCGUUCUGGACAUCCUAAUAAACAAAACUUUGCAUUCUUAAGGAAACUUGGAUUAAAAACAAUACUAUAUUUCGCUAUGGAAGAUUACCCUCCAGAAAUGCAACAUUUUGUAAAGGUAGAAGGAAUUGAAGUAUUACAUUAUCGAACUGAAGGGAAUAAAGAGCCAUUUAUAGAAGUAAAUCAAGAAGAUAUUUCACAUGCACUUGUCAAAUUAUUAGAUAAGCGAAGUCAUCCAGUGCUUAUUCAUUGCUUGAAAGGAAAGCAUCGUAUUGGAUGUGUAGUAGGCUGUUUAAGGAAGAUUCAAAGCUGGUCAAUGACUUCUAUAUUUGAUGAAUAUCGUAAAUUUGCGGGUACAAAAGUAUUAGCUGAUCAGGAGUUUAUAGAGACUUUCGAUCAUGAACAGGUCCCAUACGAUCCAAAAUAUAGACCAAAUUGGUUAUAAUUGUAUUAUUUCAGAAAGCUAUUACAGUCAAUACAGGGAGCUAAAUCUCCCUUGAAAGAUAUAGGCAGAUAAAAACAACAGAUAUAAAUGAUAUAGUAAGUGCAAAAAAAAAAGGCCUUUUUCUAUCAAGUUGAUGCAUAAUUGUUCUAUAGACUAUAUACACUACAUGAC